AUGGCUCCAUCUGCUGGAUGUGCCAGGUCUCGACGGGUUCUCCAGCCAGGACUAAUUGGGGCUGAUUGGGAGCUGACUUGGGAUGCAAAGAGGGGCCUGGAAUUACAGGAGACAGAGAGAGUUCUCCUGGUCAGUUGCCAGAGAGUUCAGGAUGAAUUAAGGAUAUCUGAUUUCACUGUGGACACGGCACCCAACAAAGCCAUCCAGCUUCUGAAAGAGGAGUGUUGGAAGUUGAACUUCUUGCACCUAAAGGAUGAGACAUGCCAGGCCACUGAGCUCACUGAGCUGUAUGGGCAUUCUGAGACCUCUUCAAAGGAAACUCUGAUUGAAGAGAAAAGUCCAAAGACCAAGUGCCCGUCCAGCGUCGCUGGGGCUGCUGACAUUGACAACACCAAUGAGGAGGCUUCAGAGGAGUCUCCGAAUAACAAUGUGGUGGACUUUCAGGAUGAGUCGCUGGCCCUGGUCAGUGUGGAGAAAGACGCUGCUGGAGAUGGAAAGUCCCUCAGCAAGGUGGUGAAGCCCAAAGGGUGUCUGAAGGAGAGCUGCAAGGAUCAGCUAACCCCAACAAUCUAUGAUAUGAUUACGGAACUACCAAAGUCCUAUUUCGGAUCCACUGAGAGCCUUCCUGAGAUGUGUAUCAGAGGUCCAAAUGUGUGCAGUGGAGUGCCUGAUGUGUCAAAUGCAGUGGGAGAGGUGUCCAGUGACACAAUGACGACUGAAGCUGCUGAAGACCUUCUGGACACUGGAAAUGUCCUGAGAAAGGUGGUGCAGCUAUCCACCAAGAGCCAUGCUGAGGUGUGCAAUGGAGAGGCUGAGGUGUGCAGCGGAGGUCCUGAGGUGUGCAGCGGAGGUCCUGAGGUGUGCAGCGGAGGUCCUGAGGUGUUCAGCGGAGGUCCUGAGGUGUGCAGCGGAGGUCCUGAGGUGUGCAGCGGAGGUCCUGAGGUGUGCAGCGGAGGUCCUGAGGUGUGCAGCGGAGGUCCUGAGGUGUGCAGCGGAGGUCCUGAGGUGUGCAGCGGAGGUCCUGAGGUGUGCAGUGGAGGUCCAGAGGUAUGCAGUGAAAUGCCUGAAGUGUACAGUGAAUGUCCUGAGGUGUCCAGUGAGGUGUUCAGUGAGGUGCCUGAGGCACCAAACGCAGUGGAAAAGGUGUCCAGUGAUACAAAGACAGAGGCUGCUGAAGAACUUCGGGACACUGAAAAUGUCCACAGCAAGGUGGUGAAAUCCAAAGGGUGGCUGAAGGAGGGCUGGGAAGAUCAGCUGACCAAAGACUUCAAUGAUAUGAUUGCAAGACUCCCAAAGUCCUAUUUUGGAUCCAACGAGAGCCUUCCUGAGCUGUGCAGCGGAGUGCCCGAGGUGUCGAACGCAGCGGAAGUGGUGCGCAGUGACACAAAGAAGCAGAAGAAAAAUGGCGUUCUACGAUUCUUCCGACGUGUGUGGAAGUUCUUCACAUGUACCAACAGCCUCCCAAAAGAGGAGUGACUCAAGCACACACAA